AUGUCAAGACCAACGGGGCACUUGAUGGGCAACAUCUUUGGAAGAUGUAGGCAGGUCGCUUCUUUCUUUCGGAGCAUUAGAGCUCUGAGCCAUCACAGCGGGCAAUUGGGAGAACUCCAUCCCAUGCCGCAGACUCGAACCUUUACUACGUCAUGGCUAUCGAUGAAACAAAUGCCCUUACGGCCCAAGCCACCCCCAGAGACCGAAAUUGAAGAGGCUUUUCUGAAAGGCAGUGGGCCGGGGGGACAGAAGAUUAACAAGACAAACUCCGCCGUCCAACUAAAGCAUAUCCCAACCGGCAUCGUCAUAAAAUGUCAGGAAACCCGUUCCCGAGAUCAAAACAGAAAGAUAGCCAGGCAAAUCCUGGCCACAAGGCUAGAUGAUCUGCACAAUGGGGACCAGAGUCGGUCCGCCAUCGUGGGUGCGCACAAGCUGAAGAAGAGGGCCAGUGCUGCGAAAAAGAGCGCACGCAAGUACAGGAAGCUCGAGGCAGAGAAGAACAAAGAGGCCAAUGAUAAUGUAGACGAUAUAGCAGAGGCUUCUAUCACGAACCUUGAAAGAGGACGUGGACAAGCCUAA